UUGGUCAUACAAGAGGGUCUUCUGUGUCGCGAGUGUGACACGCCGCUUGACAGUGACAAACACUUCCUCGGUCGCACGUCGCGCAGCAAGUGUCCAUAUGCUACAUCAUGUUACCGAGCGAUGUUGAGACACAGUGGAUAUUGCGCCGGCUCACUUUCACUGGAGGCCGCUCCUAGACCCGCUCCCACGCUAUACUGCAUCUGCGAAUACUCUACAGACAUAAGCACGGACAUUCUAUCGCAUCUCCUCGUGACACAACACACAAACGCGUACUUAACUGAGGAACUAGCACGGGCCAACACCGUCAGGGAAGAACCAAAACCUGCUGAUGAAGUAGAGCCUACGAAACUUCUCAGCAUUCCAUGGAUUCACCGUGCGGGUGCCGGGUCCAUCGCGUUGCAGGGGGAGGAGCUUCAACAGUGCCUGGGACUUGCGACCCAAGUGUAG